CGCCGUGGCCGCGGUGCCGGAUGCCAACGGCACGUGCCGGGGUUCGUCGCGGUGCCAACCGGGGGUCCUGCUCCCCGUGUGGCAACCCCACGACCCGUCGGCGGGCGACAAAGCGGCGCGCGCCGUCGUCUACUUCGUGGCCAUGGUCUACCUCUUCUUGGGCGUCUCCAUCAUCGCCGACCGCUUCAUGGCCUCCAUCGAGGUCAUCACGUCCAAGGAGAAGGAGAUCACCAUCACCCAAGCCAACGGCGAGACCAGCGUGGGCACGGUGCGCAUCUGGAACGAGACCGUCUCCAACCUCACCUUGAUGGCGUUGGGUUCUUCGGCGCCGGAGAUCCUUUUAUCGGUCAUCGAGGUGUGCGGCCACGACUUCCAAGCGGGCGAAUUGGGUCCAGGCACCAUCGUCGGCAGCGCCGCCUUCAACAUGUUCGUGGUGAUCGCCGUCUGCGUCUACGUGGUGCCGGCGGGCGAGAGCCGGCGCAUCAAGCACUUGCGCGUCUUCUUCGUCACGGCCGCUUGGAGCAUCUUCGCCUACGUGUGGCUCUACCUCAUCUUGGCCGUCAUCUCGCCCGGCGUCGUGCAGGUGUGGGAAGCCCUCCUCACCCUCAUCUUCUUCCCCGUGUGCGUGGUGGUGGCGUGGGCGGCCGACAAGCGCCUCUUGUUCUACAAGGACGUCUACAAGCGCUACCGCGCCGACCCGCGCAGCGGCAUCAUCAUCGGCACCGAAGGCGACGCGCCCAAGGCCAUCGAGAUGGAUGGCGGUGGCGGUGUCGGUGUCCCGGCAGCACCGGUGCCGCCGGUUGACCCAUCGGAAGACAAGGACCAGGACGAAGCGCGCCGGGAAGUGAUCCAGAUCCUAAAGGAACUGAAGCAGAAGUACCCGGAGAAGGAAUUGGAGCAACUCUUGGACAUGGCCAACUACGCGGCGCUGUUGCACCAACAGAAGAGCCGCGCUUUCUACCGCAUCCAAGCCACGCGCAUGAUGACGGGCGCAGGCAACGUGCUCCGCAAGCACGCGGCCGAGCCGUGGCGACGCGCGGCGAGCGCGGCGGACGCGCGGCGCGGCGACGGCGACGACGACGACGACGAAGGCUGCGGGCGCAUCUACUUCGAGCCUUGCCUUUAUCACUGCUUGGAGAACUGCGGCGCCGUGACGCUGUCGGUGGCUUGCGAGCCCGGCGCCGGCGCCAACCGCACUUUCUACGUGGAUUACCGCACCGAGGACGGCUCGGCCAAGGCGGGCUCCGACUACGAGUACAGCGAAGGCACGUUGGUCUUCAAGCCGGGCGAGACGUUGAAGGAGCUCACCAUCGGCAUCAUCGACGACGACAUCUUCGAGGAGGACGAGCGCUUCUUCGUGCGCCUCUUGAACCUCCGCGUCGGCGACGCCGAAGGCAUGUUCGAACCCGACUGCGCCGAGCACCCCAAAGGCAAGUUGGUGGCGCCGGCCUUGGCCACCGUCACCAUCUUGGACGACGACCACGGCGGGAUCUUCGCCUUCCAAGAGCGGUUGCUCCGCGUGAGCGAAGGCCAAGGUUGGGCCGAGGUGAAGGUGGUGCGAGGCUCCGGCGCCCGCGGCACCGUCCUCCUGCCCUACCGCACCGUGGAGGGCUCGGCCAAGGGAGGCGGCGUCCACUACGAGGAUGCGGUCGGCGAGCUCGAGUUCGGCAACGACGAGACCAUGAGGUCGCUGCGGGUCCGCCUCGUGGACGCGGCUCAGUACGAGAAGCGGGAGCGGUUUUACAUCGAGCUGGGGCCGCCGCGCUGGAUGAACCGCGGCAUCUCCGCUCUUCUGCUGACCCAAGCGGAUGGCGAGCGGCAGCUCUCUGCCGAGGAGGAGGAUGCCCGGCGCAUCGCUGAGAUGGGCAAACCCGUCCUGGGCGAGAACCGGCGCCUCGAGGUCAUCAUCGAGGAGUCCUACGACUUCAAGAACACCGUGGACAAGCUGAUGAAGAAGACCAACCUGGCCACGGUGAUUGGGACGCACUCGUGGAGGGAGCAGUUCCUGGAGGCCAUCACUGUCAGUGCAGCGGGCGAGGAGGAGGAAGAGGAGGAAGGCCGCGAGGAGCGCCUGCCCUCGUGCUUCGACUACGUCAUGCACUUCCUGACCGUGUUCUGGAAGGUUCUGUUCGCCUGCGUGCCCCCCACCGCCUACUGCAACGGCUGGGCCUGCUUCGGCGUCUCCAUCGUGGUGCUGGGGCUGCUGACGGCGCUCAUCGGCGACCUGGCCGCCCACUUCGGCUGCACCGUGGGGCUCAAGGACUCCGUGAACGCCGUGGUCUUCGUGGCGCUCGGGACCUCCAUCCCUGACACCUUCGCCAGCAAAGUGGCCGCCCUGCAGGACCCUUGCGCCGACGCCUCCAUCGGCAACGUCACCGGUUCCAACGCCGUCAACGUCUUCCUCGGCCUGGGCCUCGCCUGGUCCGUGGCCGCCGUCUAUUGGGCGGCUCGGGGUCGACCCUUCGAGGUGCGAGCCGGCACCUUGGCUUUCUCCGUCACCCUCUUCACCGUCUUCGCCUUCGUGGCCAUCGGCGUCCUCCUGCUGCGGCGCCGCGGCGCCGGCGGAGGGGAGCUGGGGGGACCCCGCGGACCCAAGCUCCUCACCACGGCGCUCUUCCUCGCCCUCUGGCUCCUCUACGUGCUCUUCGCCAGCCUCGAGGCCUACUGCCACAUCCGGGGCUUCUAGGG